AAAAGGCCUGAAGGCCCAGAGGAGCCAAGUAGGCUUCAGCUGCAGAGGGACAGAGAGAGGGAGGGAUGGCCGGGGCCAAAGGGGUCCAGAAGGAGCCCUUGGACCCCGUGAGCCAGAACAAGAUCUUCUGCGAGACGGUUCGGAAGGAGCUGCGGUGCCAGCGCCUCCACACCGAGUAUGCCAUGAACCCCUCCCUCCACAUCUACUCCAUCACUGGAAAGCCUGCAUCUUGGCAUGAUAAUAUAGAGGAGCCUGCAGAUGCUGAAUUCCUGAAGAUUAUUCAUCAUGCUGCACUUGAACCAAAUAAGAAGUACACAGAACCACAAACAGAAAGCCAGGAAAUUGGCUGGCAGUCCACCCCUUUGGUCAAUGUCAACCGCAAUGACAACAGGCUGUACUUCCCCAGUCGGAGCACCGAAAUCACCCAAUACAUGGCUGCUAUGUGGCGUCUGAAGGAAAUGUCAAAAGAUAAGAGAUAGAAGAAACAUAGGAACGUUUGAACUUAGUGGAAGGACAUCAGUUUGGGGUUUCUGACUGCAGAAUCCCUACAUCCUAAUUGUGACAAGGCAGCCAGCAAAGGUUAUAGGCAAGGAAGAUUGCUCGCUGUUCUGAACAUUUAGUGCUUCAAAUAAACUUGUUCUCAACCAU